UUCCGACCAAAAUAAACAUGGCGGACGAAGAACAAAAUAAAGAGUUUACGCAGACGAAAGUCGAACUGAAUCAACGGGUGAUUUCCGACCAGACUGUUAAGCUGUCAAAGCCCAACUUGCUACAAUGGCUGGAGAUUACAGUGUCGGAGCCAGAGAAGCGAACCAAUGCCUCCAUGAAGAUGCAAGACACGUUCAUCGUGUACCUCAUAGAAACAAGAGUAAUAGAUGAGAAUAUGAAGGGUUACGGAGAGGGGGCAACGUCGCUGUGGAGGCGAUACAGCGAGUUUGAACUGCUCCGCAACUACCUUGACAUCACAUACCCAUCUGUCGUCGUGCCACCGCUGCCCGAGAAAAAAGCCUCAUAUACCUGGCAGAAUGCUUCAACGGACAAGUUUGACCCCGACUUUAUAGAGAGGAGGAGACAGGCACUGGAGGUGUACCUCCUGAGAGUUGGAGCACACCCCAUCCUCUGUCAAGACAAGACCUUCCUUGGGUUCAUGCAGAAGGAGAAUGGCUGGAAGGAAUCAGUGUACGCCACAGACUUUCAAAGCAAGGCAGAUUCCAGACUAAAGGCACUGAGUGCCUCAUUCCGUCUCAAGAAACCUGACAGGCGGUUCGAGGAGUUGAAGAACUACAGCAAUGAACUUCAGAACAACAUAUCGAACAUACUUCGAAUCAGAGCUAGAAUAUGUGAUAAGCUGUAUGGCAUCCACAAGGUCCAUGGCAACUAUGCCCGUGUGUUCAGCGAGUGGAGUGGGAUAGAGAAGGACAUUGCAGAGGCCUUGCAGAGCAGCGGACACUACAUGGAUGUCUAUGCAUCUUCAGUGGACGCCACGCUGGAGGAGGAAGAGCAGUAUGCGGACCAACUCAAGGAAUAUUUGGCAUUUGGAGAAGCUCUCCGGUCUGUAUGUCGGAAGUACGAAUGUGUUCAAUACGACUUGGAGAGAGCAGAGGACAACUUGUCCUAUAAGGCCAGUCAGAAGGACUUGUUGGUCCAAGGUAAGGCAGCAGGCAGUUUCUCACUGAGUGGGAUGAAGACAAAGCUGUUUGGCAGUGACACUCCAGAACAGAGAGAUGUGAAGAUCAAACAGCUGGAGGAGCAGAUCGUCCAGGCUGAGGUGGAACUGAGACAAACACAGGAGGAGACACAGAAAUUUGUUGAGGCAGCAUUGAGAGAUAUUGACAGAUUCAAGAGACAGAAGGUGAAGGAUCUAAAAGAAAUCUUCACUAACUAUGCUAUCAUGCAAAUAAAACAAUGUAAAAAGGGUAUUGCAAUAUGGACAAGCGCCAAGGACUGUUUCGGCAAGAUGUGAUGUUGUUCCUACCAAUGAAACACUGUCUGCAUUCCUGCUAUGUUGUGCUCCUGAUGUUGUGCAUGACACCUUGCUCCUGGACAACACGCCAGUCUGUCUCAUAUACUGAUCCCACCCACGAACUGUUCCUUCAUCAGGGUUCUCACAAAUACUAACAAUAGCCACAUCAUUGCUAUUUUACCUAACAUGGAAUAUGUCAUGUCAGUUUACUUUUGUAUCAUGCAGUAAAAACAUGAAGUUGAAAAAACAUCAUUUUUGACAAUUCAUAUUCUGAAAUCAGAAUUGAUAUUCUUUUAUGUCAUUCUUUUAGAAACUGUUCAUGACCAAGAUUCAAUGUAUUUAGGAAAUACAUGAAAAUAAGUUGAUUCAGUGAUUUUACCUGAGGUGCUAAUAAUUGGACAUGUUGAUGUGAAUUUGCAUUUAUCAGUGUCACACAGCAAUGUGACAGUUUUACCUUACUGGGCUAAGAUUCCGCAAUGUUUCAGUGAAUGCUAUUGUCCUUGCAACUGCUCAACAAGUAAUCAUAAGUACUGAUAAUGCUCCAAAAUGUGUGUUGAUUUGAGACAUAAUUAUAUAGAUCUAUGAUUAUCAUGACUGUUCAUUUCAAGGAAUAAGUUUCAAUAAUGAAUCUAUUCGUAAAUUACACGUUAAAGUAAGAAAUUAAGAUUUUGUUUUAUUGAGCAAAGAGAUUGUAAUGUUUAAAAUUCAAUAACUUUGCCAUCUAGCAUACCGUAAAUCCAAGAAUUAAAUACUACGGUAAGUCACACCAUUCCCCAAACGCCAGUGAUCAAGUUGACUGUACAGAGAACUGGUCAGAAUGACCAGAGACUCUCCAACAAUGUCCCAAUACCUGAGAUAAGUUGCCAGCAAUGGAAAACGUAUACUAUGUGCACAGAGGAAGGGAAGUAAGUUGGGCGUAUGAUUUUAGACAGAUAGGAUCCAUGUAAUGGAUUAUUACAAGUCUGCUGAAAAUAUUAUUUUCCCCAGGGUUGACAGGCAUCAAACACCUGAAAAGCUAAUGAUGCCAUGGUAGUAUGUAAGACCCAUAUGUGUAAUAACCUAAUGCAUUGUCCAACACACACAUACUUCAGGCACGAUUCUAUUUAUCUUACACUAUGUAGGUGUUAGCCUUAUUUAUUCAACGUUACAAAGUUGAAUAAGACUGUGAUAGAAUUAUUGCUGUAAUUGUAAAUAUAAUUUUGAAGAUAUUGAAAGAUUUCAUUACAAGAUGUUAAUUUAUGUCUCAUUGUCAUUUCAUAGCAUAGAGAGAUAUGUUCUUUUCUUCAUUCAUAUAUCCUCAGUGUAAAUAUCUGUCGUAAUUUUGAUUAGCAUGAUUAGUUAUCAUACAAAUUACUUUAGUAGGCAGACAAUCUCAUUAAAAUCAGAUCUUUUACUGCGAUAUGAUGCCUCUCUGUAUGAAGAUCUGACAACCCCUCACUUUAUGAUCAGCCAAUCAGUGUCGAGACUUCUUUAUUCACAUGAGUGAGCAAGGUAUUCAGACCAGCAUAUCUGAUCUGUAUCUCGGAAAUGAACUCACAUGACCAGUUCCAAAUGGAAAUAAUAGAGGCUGUAUAGAGAGGCAUUUUAGUUAGCCAAUCAGUGUCGAGACUUUUUUAUUCACAUGAGUGAGCAAGUUAUUCAGACCAGCAUAUCUGAUCUGCAUCUCGGAAAUGAACUUACUUGACCAGUCCCAAAUGGAAAUAAUAAAGACUGUACAUUAAAUUGUUGUGGAUGUUUUAUACACUCUGAUCCAUUUCUGAUUGCCAUUUUUAUCUACACCCUCAAAUGAAUAUUUGUAUUCUGUGUGGGUUUCCUUUGGGUAGUCUAUUCGGAAUCAAAAUGGUAAAAAUUAUUUUCGAAAGCUGACGUCUGAAUGGGUCAAAGCUCGCUCAUGAUUCAUCUGACACAACCACCAUGGAGGUGUCCUCAGAUCUAGACGCAGACGGGUAUCAAUUACAGUAAAGAUCUGAUAUUAAUAAGAUUGGGUAAAAUGGUCACCAUGGUGAAUGAAAUCGGUAACUGGAACCAAAACCUACUUCUUACCCCUGUGCAGAUACUGCCUGACAAUUUACCAUCAGUGAAGUACUCAGUCCGUCUGUUUAAUGUGGAAAUGAGCACAGGAAAGAGAUGAAUGUGAUAUGUUGUAUGUUUCUCAUGUCACUCAAAUCAAAAUGUCAGUCUAGUACAUGAAGGAGGCAAUGGAACUAUCAGCAUUAACAUAUGCUGACUUUACAGAUGGCACUGUGUAGCACCGUUAGAUGAAGUUGUAUAAUAGAGAAGUCUGUUCAUUCAUCUCAAUUCUAUAUAUUUGUGUGAAGUGUUAUUAUUGAUUUAGUUUAUCAUCUUCCCCAAGCAAGGGAGUUAACGGCCUAUAAAAGUUCAAUUUCCACAUUUGCCGAACUAGGCUGGAAUUUCUGGGCUCGAUUGUGGUGCCACCAGUGGUUAUUACAAGUUGUGUCCCUUCUAUGCCUCUCCUAUUGGCCAAUCAGAUUCCACCUCUCGUAUCACUUGCAUUUACUUCAAACAAAAUGGCGGCGCCCAGUCAAGACAAUCUGAUGAAUAAUCAAGAUCUUUAUUGUGACAAUACAGGUCUUACAUGGCAAAGUGCAUCAAAUCAAGUGAGCACCUUGUUUAAAAACAUGAAAACAUUUGGAAAAUAUCUACUGGCGCCAAGUUGGUGUAGCACAUCCUUUGUAGAUCUUGCAAUCGACCGAAAUCUGCACGACAGUUUACAAACUGGAUUUCGAUUUCGUCACGCGAAUUUGAUUGGACUAUGCAUAAACUUGUUAGUCCAGUUAAAAUAUAACUCCAUAAUACCAGCCUAGUUCGGCAAGGGUGGAAACUGGACUUUUAAAGUCAGUUAACUCACUUGUCUCGGGAAGAUGUUAGUUCUUAUACUGUAGAGGACAUAUGUGUUCACAAGUUAAUCACAACAGUAACGAAAUACUCAAAAACCUAAGAAUUACCCCUUCAGUUAUUCCAAGGUAAGUGUGCAAUACAAAGUGUCACAAGCGUACCUACAUGUAUAAGAUAAUCAGCGCCUGACCUCAAGCAGACUGUUGCAUUAUGGGUGUCCACUGUCCAGUGUCCGUCCACAUGUCAUGCUGGUUUGUAAAUCUUAAAUAACACUACACAAAAUGGCUGGUGUCCUGCUAGUUUGUAAAUCCUAAAUAACACUACACAAAAUGGCUGGUGUCUUGCUUCUGUGAAACAUGUCCUGCUGGUUUGUAAAUCCUAAAUAAUACCACACAAAAUGGCUGGUGUCCUGCUAGUUUGUAAAUCCUAAAUAAUACUACACAAAAUGGCUGGUGUCCUGCUUCGGUGACACUGAACUCAUCCGGAUAACUGGCUGAGGAGCAGUUUACACAAGCAGUUUACAGCCAUGACUUGAGACACCAAGUGUUAGUCUCUCACAACUAUUCGGUACACAACCACGUGAGAAUCGAACUGUGCCCGAAGUGACUGGAACUAGAAGCGUCUCUGGCUCAAAACAUCAGGUUUCAAACAGCCUAAAUAUAAUAAAAAUAGCAAAGUACCAUCCAAACUUUUUCGUUCGACAGUAUUUCACAUCUGAUUCACUUAAUCCAAUGUACAUGAUUCCCCAUUUUUCUUUUUCAUAUAUUGAUCAUGUUGCUGAAUGCAUGCAGCUGAAUAUUUUGUCGUCAAUGUCACAAACCAAAAUUAUGAUCUAUGAUUUAGAGAAGUGGUUAUAUUUGUUUCAGUUGGAUGCUUGGACAUGAAUUAGCCAUGACAUUCACUUUCAGCUGUACAUAUUCAUGUCAAGUGUUAACUGUACAUCUGUUUGCAUGAUACAAGCCCAAUAGCUUUUGACUGUGCAGCAGUGACUGUUUUUAUCAGUGAAACACCACUCAGCCUUGUCCCUUCAGCUUGAUGUGAAUGCCAGUGAACAUGCAAUAGACAGAUCCGUGUCAGACAAGCAUUACUUUAUAUAGAGAAUCUCACCCUCGUGUCUUUUGAUAUCAAAUAUAUCAACAUGAGUUGAUAAAAGUGGAAAAAUUCCGAGGCUUGCCGAGGA